AUGUCGGUGAAGAAGGAUGCCCGAAAGCAGGAAGAGCAGCACGAUACUGCACGAAAGGCCGCUCGGGGAACACUGGCAACAUUGAUGUUGCGUCUGGUGUCCUUCGGAUGCACCCAAUGGACGUUGCGAGUCUUGGAUCCAACAAGUUUGGGCAAGGCCUCGAUUCAGCUCGAGUUAAUUCUCACGACAGUGUUAUUUUUGAGUCGCGAAGGCUUUCGACUAGCGUUGACGAGGAACGUGAAGGACGCCAACUGGAACGUUGCUUGGUUGAGUGUCCCGGUUGCUACGUUGAUUUCUGUGGCGGCGCUUAUUGGGCACUGGCGUUUGACGGCACGUUCGGACGACCCCGAUUAUCGUGUUGCUGGUGUACUCUUUUGUGUGGCGUCUUGUAUCGAGGGUUGGGCGGAACCGGCCGUUCUGCUCGUACUGCGCGAGCUUGAUGUGGCCGUCAAGGCCAAGGCGGAAGGAAUCGCGACGGUUGGAAAGACCGUUGCUACCGUUGUGGCGCUUCGGUAUUGGCAAACAAAUCAGCCUGUCACCGCAUUUGGCCUCGCUCAAUUGGUAUACGCGAUCGUGUACUUCAUCGUUUUGUACAAGGCGGUGUGGUCGAGACUGAACGGCUUUGUAUGGAAUCAGCUUGAUCACUCAACUUGUUACCUGACGAUGGUCUUUACUAUCCAAGGCAUUUUCAAGCAUUUUCUCACGGAAGCCGAUCGCAUCGUCUUGUCGACAAUGAGUAAUAGUUACGACCAAGGCGUGUAUGCCAUGGGCAGUGCCUAUGGAGGUAUGGCGGCUCGUAUUAUCCUGCAACCCGUUGAAGAAAAUGGGCGACUUUUGUGGAGUCGAUUGGCCAACGGCCCGGUACAACCGUUACUCGAAUCUUACACUGUUCUCAUCAAAGUUGUCAUGUACGUGGGAUUUGUCUUUAGUUGCCUCGCCGUGAAUUACACCACCAUUGUGUUGAAUGCUCUGGCGGGGCGAAAUUGGGGUGAUAACCAAGAAGCGACCGCUGUCUUGAGUGCGUUUUGCGUUUACACGGCAUUUUUGGCAUGGAACGGGAUGACGGAGGCCUUUGUAUACGGUGUUGCAUCCAGUGGUAGGGAUAUGGGACGAUUGGGCGUCAUGCACGGGAUUAUUGGUGCUCUGUUUGCCGUCUCUGCUCCCAUCGUUGUUGGCUGGGCUGGUACGGUAGGCUUGGUAGGAGCCAACUGUACAGCCAUGUUCCUUCGCGGAGCUUAUUCGGUUCACUACGCAGCAGAUUAUUUUUCGACUCGGCAGAACCAAUCCUAUCGGUCUACCCUAGCGCAACUAUUGGGUCUCCCUGACCAGAUUCACGACACGUAUCGUCCAACUUGA